AUGGUUGCACUCAAACAGCCCCUUUGUCUCCCUCCCUUUCCUUGUCUAUUCUGGUUUGCGACCUUCAAAAGCAAACCAACCAAACUGGCGGUUAAGCCUUAACCAAAUAAAAUAUAAACCAACACUUCCUCUCUUCUAAAUUUUGAUGAUAAACACUGUCUUCUUAUAAAUUCAGAACAACAUGAUCUUACUCAAUUAAGUUACUAAGUGAAAAAAUUUGGAUCUUUCUUUUUAUCCAUAGAGAAAUGAAAAUGAUGGAAACGGCUAGCUCCGGUCACCGGACGGUUAUGGUGGGCGUAAAGCUUGACUCAGAGAGUAGAGAGUUGUUGACUUGGGCUAUGGUUAAAGUAGCUCAGCCUGGUGAUACUGUUAUUGCUCUUCAUGUUCUUGCUAAUAAUGAUAUUGUGGAUCGUGAAGGGAAAUCUUCACUUCUCUCGCUUGUCAAAACUUUUGACUCUGUUCUUGCUGUUUAUGAAGGUUUCUGCAACUUGAAACAGGUGGAUCUCAAGCUAAAGAUAUGCAGAGGCUCAUCAAUUAGGAGAAUUUUAGUUAGAGAAGCAAAUUCUUAUUCAGCAACAAAAGUCAUAGUUGGCGCAGCCAGGACUCACCAUGCGGUCCGGUCACCGACAUCUGUAGCUAAGAGUUGUGCCAAAAAUUUGCCAAAGAAUUGUAUAGUUCUUGCUGUUCAUAAUGGAAAAAUUUUGUUUCAAAAAGAAGGCUCUAAUAAUCAUGGUGAUUCACAUGCAAAGGCCGAUGAUCAUCGAAAGGGUUUCUUUAAUGUCUUUCAUAGAUCGAUUUCAUCGAGUAAAAGCUCUAAAGUGAUAAGUGAAAGCAGUAUUCAUGAAGCCUUAAAAUAUGACGAUGGUGAGGGAAAUGACCGCAGUUUGCAGCUGGCCUUAGUGCAGGCCCGUCCGAAUAGUUUGGGGAGUAUCAUGAAACAGAAUUGUACAAUUUGUGGAGCAUCAUCUAAAUCUCUAGAUGUUUCUUGUAACCAAUCUGCAAAAGAGUCUUCUGGUGAUGAUGAUAGUGAUAACAAGGCUUUAGCUCUAGUGCCGGUAGCAAAGCUAGAGCGGUCUUCUGGUGAUAAUGAUAGUGAUAACAAGUCUUUAGCUCUAGUGCCGGUAGCAAAGCUAGAGCGGUCUUCUGGUGAUGAUGAUAGUGAUAACAAGUGUUUAGCUCUAGUGCCGGUAUCAAAGCUAGAGCGGUCUUCAGGUUCAUUUCGUUCCUUACUCCGACAAGUGCCUGAUUUAAAACCCGGUUGGCCAUUACUUCGUCGAGCAGUUUUAUCCAGUCCACAAGCAUUUGAUAGAUCCUCAUCAAGGACGAUCUCAGUAGUGCAGUGGGCAAUGAGGCUGCCUAGCAGGCAACUCUCAUCAUCCAUUUCCAGUUUGGAUCACAAACAGAAUGGUCAGGAUCAACCUAGUUUAGAUGGUGAAAGCGGAGCAAUUGUUGCUGUUAGUACAGACACACUGGCGGUUCCACCUUCACUUGACCAUAACUCAAACUUACCAAAAGAAUUGGAGGGUAUUCAAGAAAAAUAUUCAGCAACUUGCAGAUUGUUUACGUACCAAGAACUCCUCUUGGCCACAUCUAAUUUCUUAGCAGAAAAUUUGGUUGGUAAAGGAGGCAGCAGUCGGGUCUAUAAAGGCCGUCUUCCUGAUGGCAAGGAACUUGCUGUGAAGAUCUUAAGGCCAUCGGAAAAUGUAUUGAAGGAAUUUGUUUUAGAAAUCGAGAUAAUUACUACCUUAAAUCACAAUAACAUUAUUCCUCUUGUGGGGUUCUGUUUUGAGAACAACAAUCUUCUCCUCGUUUAUGAUUUCUUAUCAAGGGGAAGUCUUGAGGAGAAUCUCCAUGGUAAUAGAGAGGAACCUCUUGCAUUUGGUUGGCGUGAGAGAUUCAAAGUGGCCGUAGGAGUGGCCGAGGCCUUGGAUUACCUUCACACCCGUACUGCUCAACCUGUGAUUCACAGGGAUGUUAAAUCUUCAAAUAUACUAUUAUCUGAUGAUUUUGAGCCCCAGCUUUCUGAUUUUGGACUUGCCAAAUGGGCAUCAGCCUCUUCAUCUCACAUAAUCUGCACUGAUGUUGCAGGAACAUUUGGUUACUUGGCUCCUGAAUACUUUAUGUAUGGAAAAGUAAAUGACAAAGUUGAUGUCUAUGCAUUUGGUGUUGUACUCCUUGAGCUUCUUUCUGGAAGAAAACCUAUAAGCAAUGAUCGUCCCAAAGGCCAAGAAAGUCUUCUUAUGUGGGCAAAUCCAAUUUUGAGUGAUGGGAAAUUUUCCCAGUUGCUGGACCCAAGUUUGGGAGAUGACUAUGAUCGUGAUCAGAUGGAGAGGAUGGUUUUAGCGGCAACUCUCUGUGUAAAACGCUCUCCAAGAGCUCGGCCUCAAAUGAGCCUUGUAUUAAAGCUCCUCCAAGGUGAUGCUGAAGUGACAAAGUGGGCUAGGCUGCAGCUUAAUAACGUAGAAGAAUCCGAUAUGGUUGAAGAUGAAGCGUAUCGUCGAUCUAAUCUACAGUCUCAUCUCAACCUUGCAUUGCUAGAUGUGGAUGACGAUUCACUCUCCACGAGCAGCAUUGAACAAACUGUAUCACUAGAAGACUAUUUGCAAGGCCGAUGCAGCCGGUCAUCAAGUUUUGACUAACCCAAUGGAACAUUAUCAUCGAUCAGGUGAAAUGCUCGUAAAACAUCUAUCGCUCAACUCCCUGCGAUUCUUUUGUAUAUUAUUUUGGUUCACUUACAUAUAUACACCAUGUUGUAGAUAGGUGUUGGAUGAGAGGUUGUUUGUGGUGUGCCCUCCUCCUUGCCUUGUAGUAGUCAUUUAAAGCUUGUCAGAACAUUUUCUUCUGUUUUUUUGUUUGAAUUAUGAAUGUGUUGGUGGUUGAGUUAAA